ACUCACCGCUAAUUUAUCCGAUACAAACUACACUAGGGUUUUACCAUCCCUCUGAUUAUUUGUCAAACUUGGGGUAGCAUUCGGUUAACAACCAAAACAAGUCGACUGUUUUACUAGCGAGCCAAACUCAAGUGGCUAUUUCUGAAGUUGGAAUUAGAUCAAUAAAACGAAACUCUGUGUUUUCCAUCCACCGCCAUGGCGGCCCGUCGAAAAAGCUCAACUCUUUCAGAGCUGGUAAACCCUCCUCCGUCUCCCAUCACCAAACUCAGGGCCGACGAUCUGCUCGUAGAAAUUCUGAUUCGACUCCCGACCCCUAGAACCGCCUGCCGCUGCAAAGCCGACUGCAAGCGGUGGAACUCCCUAAUCUUCUCUACAUACUUCAAUCGCCCCUUCAUCUCUCACUACCAGACCAUCAAAGACGGCCCGCCUCUGCUUGUUCGCUCCGACGACCACCCGGAAACAUGGACAGUCCUCAGCUUUCUCCCCAGGCCGUAUCAAGGUGGAGGCCGUUUUGCAGUCCUUGAUUCCUUGAAGGACUUGCUUUUGUGCGGGUUUGUGGAUCGAAUGUAUGUCGACACCGAACUUGGUAGAUCGUAUUUGGUCUGCAAUCCGAUUACCGAGCAAUGAAUUGCCCUUCCUUCUCAUGGCCGUGCUUAUAUAAAAAUAUGUGCACGCGAGGUUAGUUUGUCAACGCUGUCAUAACUGUAAUCUUCAGCUAGGAGAUGGCCAAGUAUUUGUUCAUUCUGAGUAUCGGUUUCGGGUGGUGUGUGUAUACGCAACUUUCGAGCCGGUUGCAACUCUAAAAUUGGGCGUGUUUUGUUCAGAGUACGGAGAAAUGGACCAAGGAUGCUCUUGUUCUUGCUGGUCGAUCAAGAAAGAUUCGGCCCAUUUCACUUUCGUGCAAUGGGGAGUUGUUUUGGUGGUUUAAUUGUACCGUGUGCCUGGCUAUCCAAUGGUGGCCUUCAAUCCUUUCUGCCUUGAAAUACCUCCCACUGUUAUGGAUACUUCUUCAAUCCCCCAGCCCGAGUCGAACUCCGAGAGUGGAUUGCUUCUGUCUCACAAGAUGCUUUGCACAUGAUUGUAGCUGAAGCUAACACGGCACCUAUUAUUUAUUCAAGGAAUGCUUUCACUGUUUGGAGGCUGGAAGAAGAUGGUAAGUCUUGGAGGAAACUAUAUGAAAUGUGGCUGAGUGAGACAUCAUGGUCUGAUUAUGACCUCGAGUUUAUUCAAGUACUUAAUCUGCAUCCAGAAAAGCCGGAAAGCAUCUUCUUGCAAUCUUUUGGUCAUCGUCAUGGUUUUGCAAUCUUGUGUUGCAACUUGCGGACGGGUGAGCUAGAGUUCUUUGGUCCUGUGGGACAAUGUCUGGUUCCUUUGGUGAGUUUUCAGCCUGGCCUCUCUAGCUGCCCCCUAUUUCGAUUCCUAGGUUCAAGGAAUUGCGAGCUGUAUAUGAUGGAAGCUACAAUUGUUUGGUUCAGACUGUGGAAGCAACUCCUUCGAUAAUUGGUAUAACUUCUGCUUCUGAGAAUUUACCAUUGCUUUCUCGAAUCUAAGAAGCACAGAUGUGUUGCAUUUGUACUCUGUCUUUUUCGUGGUUUGGCUUCUAAUCUGAUCUCCCAUCUCAUUUGUCUUGUGGUUGGUCUGAUGGAUACUGAAGCAAUAGAAGAAGAAUGUGCGCGCCAACCCGCUGACGGAUUGGAGUUGAGUUAAGCUAUUCACGGAUUAUGAAUGGGGGGGUGCUGCAAUUGGUAUUACUUAUGCUUCUGAGAAUUUACUUCUUUAUCUUUUCUCCCCUUGUUCUUCUGUGUUCCGAGUCUUUGCUAAGGUUUGAGAAUGCGUUGGUGGAAGCCGAAAGAAGCAUUUCCAUAUAUUCCCCUAACAGGAUAAGGGAAGACAUCUUGAACAUCCUUACUACUCUCUCAUUUAACAUGCUAAGUAGUACACACAUAACAUGUCUAAUUUUGUGCGAGAUUACGGAGAAUCCUUUUGUCUUUGCAUGUCUAGUUCUGUUCGCAAUUGUUUGAGAAUUUUGUCCCUUCAUAUGCUAAGACGCUAUAUUGGUGUGGUCUCAUUUCCUAUCUUAUAUCCAAUCUCAUUUAUGUGGUGGUUAACCUGACUGCAGAGGAAGGCCAAGCCGUUGUUGUAAUCUUAAUAUUGGGUGGUAGAAUGUGGAAAAUGGGUGUGCUUCGCCCUGUGUAUUUUUCAGUUGGCAGCCGGCACUGGUUUUGUUCUACUGAUGGGGGCAGGAGUCAACAUUUGUUCUUUGCUUAUUUCUUCGUGCUCCCUUGCUGCUUUGUUCCUUUCCUUUUAGCUUGUAGUUUAUCUUUAGUUCUUUUUGUGUACUUGUGCAGGGGUUUAUAUUGCUCUUCUGUUUCAUGGAAUGAAAAAAAUGUCCCUGUUCUCGUGCAAUUUGGAGACAACCGUCGUAUUCUGCUUCUCCCUAAACUUUUUUUUCCUUCAUUUUCUUUUUAGCCAAUUGUCAUAAGUGUACAAAUGUGAUCUCUCAUUCUAUCCAUACUAUUCCGAUCAUUUAGCCUCGUCGGGCCACUCUUUACCUAUAGGCUUUCACUUUUUCCGAACACCGAGCACUAUGCUAGACUAUUGGUUGUAUUAUGAAAAUGCUAUGGUCCUCGGAGAACCUUGUUCCUCAUCGAAGAAUUGGAGAGCAGAGGAAUAGGUGCAGAAGCAGCAAUUUUAGCAGCUUCCCCAGCACUUGAACUCAACUCAGAACUCAGCAGCCAUUCUUCAUCUGCCGACCAUUUGUGCAUAUGGCUAGAUGAUUUGGAGCAGGAUUAGUUCUAUCCCUUUUAGUUCCUUUACUUCAUCCUAGUAGAGGACGAUUCGCCGCUUUAUGCCUGGAAGAGUAGCAGUGGCUGAGAGUCUUGAACGAUUGCCUUUCGGGUAUAGGACACUUGGGAACUGAAGCGAAUAGGAGAGACUUUUGCUGGAGAUUAACUAUGCAAGUAAUAGAGACUUCAAGGAAGAAUGUAAACUUUUGAAUCUCGAAAUAAAGGUGUCAAGUUUAUGAUACAAAAUCUUUCGUUAGCAGAAUUUUCAGAAACAGCAUAAAUCAAACUUAACAGUGUGCAAUAAUACACAAAGUUAGGC